AUGGCAGACUGCGCUGUGGCCGAGACAAAACUGCUUCAUGGCCGCACCAUCAAAGGAGGGGCACGCAAUGCUGUCCUCAACACCGCCGAGCUCCUAGAGAACGUCCUUUUCAACCUCCCAGCACGACAACUAUUCACAGUCAAGCGAGUAAGCCGUCGGUUCAAGGCAGCCGUGGAAAAGUCGAUCGACAUCCAAAGCAAGAUGUUCCUCCGCAUGCAAGAGCCUGACGAAAGCUGGGGAGUCCUUGGUGAUCCACCACUGAGCGUUGUCUUGAUCCCGCAACGACCGGGACAGAUCUUCGGAUGCGCGAACUCCACCAUGAAAGUGGUCAAAGCGAAUGGCGCAUUUUUCAAAGACCCGCGCCAGUCUGCAGACGAGAUGGCAAGGCAUUACGGCCCACGGCUAGACCUGCACGCAGGCAUGAAGUGGUCCAUUGACGCAUUCCUCAAGGGCAAGAGCCAACCUUGGGAGGAUGUGCACAUCACCGACCCGCCUUCUACCACUGUUCAACUAGACAUGUGCCAGAUCGACCUCGGACUUCGCCACAGAUUCAACGUCUGCGCAAAGGUCGACAACCCGAGCGGUGUCACCCUUGGUGGUUUGCUCAGAGAAAGCUUCGCGCAGAAACGCCCACUAUUCUUCUACAGCGAUGGAGAUGCAGUCGAUCUGCGCGGUCGUAGCGUGCGAGAGUUUCUUGAGGAUUCUGAACGGACAGUGGAUUUGAAGCCGGCUUCGAUAGUCUGCUGA